CAGUCCCCAACGCGGUUCACAAUCCGUUCGCUCGUUUAAAACCGUGUAUGCGUGUGGCGUGACAACUCAGAUCGCUGCCCGACUCGUCGCCGGCAACAAGUAAUAAGACUGACGAUAAAAACAUAACAUUACGAUAUAAUACCGUAUACGCGUUAUAGCCUAUUACAGGCAGACUGUUGAAAUUUUGACACCGAAGCAGAUGACCCGCAGAACAUCGACGGCCAAAGAGAAAGAACACUGCGUUGAUUGGAUCGACCUUGAAGACAUUCGAGAUCAAGAAAAAGUUUGGCUAAAAAGAAUGAUGUCAACUGAUAAGUUCCUUGUACCAGGAAAUGAAGAACAGAAAAUAAGCAGUGUUGUGUUUGAAGCACCAAUGUCUGAAGCAAAAAGCACUGCUGAACAGAACCAAUUAUAUGAACGACAGCCAUGGCAGAAACUUGUAUUGAUAUUCUUAGCUGAACUGUUUGGUACUGCCUUUUUAAUGUUCUUUGGUUGUAUGGGAUUGGUUCCUAAAUAUCCGGGUGGUGAGCUUGGUGAGUACAGUGGUGCUAUUGCUUUUGCUGGAAUUGUAGCUGUUACUAUUGUUAUUAUUGGUCGCAUCAGUGACUGUCAUAUAAAUCCAUGUGUUACAUUAUGUGCAUUAUUGCUUGGUAAAUUACCAAUAUUAACAGCAAUUAUUUAUUUCGUUGCUGAAGUUUUAGGAGCUAUAAUCGGUUAUGGAAUUUUAGUGGUUAUUUCACCUUAUAAUAUAUUAAAUUCACCAGAUUCCGGAGUUUGUGUAACAAGCCCAGUUGUUGGAUUGACUGCAUGGCAAGCUCUUUUAAUUGAAGCUAUAACAACUGGAGUUCUAAUACUUCUAGUAUGUUCUGUCUGGGAUCCUAAAAGUGGUAAUGGAGAUUGUGGGUCCCUGAAAUUUUUAGUUAUGAUAUUCUUGACAUCAGUUGUUGUUGGCCCUUUCACUGGAAAUAGUUUAAAUCCAGCACGAUCAUUAGCACCAGCAAUCUACAACAAUUCAUGGAACAUGCAUUGGAUAUACUGGGUUGGUCCAUUUUCUGGAACUAUCACAUCAACUCUUUUCUACAAAUAUAUUAUUAUGGCAUUAGAUAAUGAAGAACGAGUAAAAUAAAGUGAUAUUGUUUUUUUUUUAAUAGACUUGAGUUUCACAUACCUGACAGCGCUCAAAUUCAAUUUCCAUUGUGCUUCUUUUACAUUAAAUGCUAAAGUCAUUGUAAAUUGUGUCCUGUAAUAUUGUUUAUGGUACAUUCAUCUCCAUGUUUAAUUAUCUACUUAAUUAUGUUUUUAUCUCCACUAAAUUAUUUAGUCUUUUUAACUGUUUGAUUUUAUUCUACUAGACUAGAUAUUUUCCUAUGGUAUAUGAGUUUUCUUUAUGCAUAUA